UUCCAAUCUGUGCGAUAUUUAGAUUACAUUGAACAUCAGUUCAAUAAACAUCCGAAAAUUUAAAGGAAGCGCAGCGAAAAAAAAUAGAAAAUAAGGCCAUGGAUAUUAAGCGUGUUUUGGCAAUUUAUUUAAUCAUCGGCAUCACCAUUGUAUUGGUAAAUGCCGAAGAUAGCGAAAUAGAAACAUUGAUGAAGGACCACGAAAUUAUACCUGAUGUCCUGGAUGAGGCACCCAUGGAAUUUUUAAAGGUGACCUUUGAAGGCGACAUAUCGGCCGACAGGGGCGUUGAGCUGACCCCCACCCAAGUUAAAGAUAAACCGGUAGUCGUAUGGGAAGCUGAUGCGGAUAGUUUCUACACUUUGCUUAUGAUUAAUCCUGAUAUUCCAUCUCGUGCAGAUCCAUACCAACGAGAAUUGAACCAUUGGCUAGUGGGUAAUAUUCCCGGCAAUCAGAUGGACAAUGCCGAAAUCUUGCGAGAUUAUAUUGGUUCGGGUGCUCGAAAGGAUACGGGUUUACAUCGUUAUUUGAUACUUUUGUUUAAACAACCAGGGAAAUUGGAAUUUGACGAGCAGCGUCAUACUGAUCUAGAAGCUAUUGGCCGUGAAAAUUUCAACACCAGGAAAUUUGUAGAAAAAUAUAAUUUGGGUAGACCAUUGGCUGGUAAUAUUUUUCUGGCUGAAUAUGAUGAUUAUGUACCGUUGGUGUAUAAAAAAUUGGGUCUAACCCCAUAGAUGGUCACAAACACUGAACAUAUUCGUCAAGAAUUCUCUCUUUGGUCAAGGAAAUGGAAUCAAUUACAAACUAUUUAAUAUUUAGUUUAUAAUAAAUAUAUACGUAUGUAUAUAUUUAAAUAUAUUAAAGCAUAUAAACAAAUUGUGUUUGUUAUUGCUGCCUGCGUCGUAAAGAACAAGUUAAAAAGUA